AUGGAUAGCCGCCAGCAGGCACAGCAGCCUCAGGUCCAGCCCUGUAGAUACAAGGUCGGAAAGACACUGGGAGCUGGCUCCUACUCUGUCGUCAAGGAAUGCGUCCACAUCGACACUGGUCGGUACUAUGCUGCCAAAGUCAUCAAUAAGCGGCUCAUGGCAGGGCGCGAGCACAUGGUCCGCAACGAAAUCGCCGUCCUAAAGAAGGUGUCGAUGGGCCACCAAAACAUCCUGACGCUCGUCGACUACUUUGAAACCAUGAACAACCUCUACCUCGUCACCGACCUGGCACUUGGCGGCGAACUCUUUGACCGAAUCUGUCGCAAGGGAUCAUACUACGAAUCCGACGCCGCCGACCUCAUCCGCGCAACUCUUUCCGCCGUCGCCUACCUGCACGACCACGGCAUUGUCCACCGCGACCUCAAGCCCGAGAACCUUCUGUUCCGAACGCCAGAGGACAACGCGGACCUGCUCAUCGCCGACUUCGGCCUCUCCCGCAUCAUGGACGAAGAACAGUUCCACGUCCUCACGACCACCUGCGGCACGCCGGGGUACAUGGCGCCGGAAAUCUUCAAAAAGACGGGCCACGGCAAGCCCGUCGACCUCUGGGCCCUGGGAGUCAUCACCUACUUCCUGCUCUGCGGCUACACGCCCUUCGACCGAGACUCGGACUUCGAGGAGAUGCAGGCCAUCCUCAACGCAGACUACAGCUUCACGCCCGUCGAGUACUGGCGCGGCGUCUCCAGCCACGCCAAGGACUUCAUCCGCCGGUGCCUGACCAUCGACCACACCAAACGCAUCACCGCCCACGAGGCCCUCCAGCACCCCUUUGUCGCCGCCGAGCAGCCCGUGGCCGGGGCGGGCGAGAACCUCCUGCCCACCAUCAAGAAGAACUUCAACGCCCGCCGCACCCUCCACGCAGCCAUCGACACCGUCCGCGCCAUCAACAAGCUCCGCGAAGCCCAGCACCUCAUGGACGGCGCUCGCUCAAAAGAGCCCGGCCGCGGCGCAGCCCCCCGCGCCGACGGCAACCCAACACGCAGCAACGGCGGCGACAGCGGCAUCUCGCUCGGCAAAGAAGACUCCGGCUACGCCACACAGCACGACGCCGACGUCCUCAUGGCCGACGCCGCCGCAGCCGCCGCCGCCGCCGCCGCCGCACCAACCGUCGCCAGUGUCCCCGCCUCCCUGCAGCCAGGCAAUCAAGCAAACAAGGUCAUACAAACAAGCAAAGGUCUCUGGAGCCCUGUAUCGAACCGUUAG